CUCGCAAGGCUCGCAAGUUACUGCUGAUGAUGAGUUUUUGGAUUUGAUUCCGCUUUCGUCUCAUUUUUAUCGAGAAAGUUUUUCGAGUUUCUCAUCUCAUACCGUAGAGAGGUAGCCGGCAUGUUUUGAUUUGGCUCGAAACAACAAACAACCUAACCUCAUGUCAGAAUACUCAAUCAACCAGUAGUAGUUCAAAUGUUUGCGUUUUAAUUGCAAAAUCAGUGAACAUCCUUGGCACUCAAUUAUUUCUAGAAGGGAAACGAACGCCUGGCUUACUGUUUCUUGUAUCAACUGUCAGUGUUUUAUUCUCGAUAUUUCGUAGACAUUUUUAUGUGCCAACGGAAACAUUUAGUUAAUCAAUAUGGCGCUUGUCUGUGAUGUAUGCUUGGACCACUUUGACUUAAACUACCAUCGACCGAAGGUUCUGCCAUGCGGACACACUAUAUGCUCUACCUGUGUGCUGCAUCCUGCCUUAGGGAGGAAGUGUCCAGUGUGCAGAAAGGACCUGGCGACUGACCCUAACGGCUUCCCGGACAACAUCCUAGCCAUUCGAAUGCUGGAGGAUGGGGGCGCCCAACACGACAAUGAGGCCGUGGCCACGGAUGCAAAUCUGCAGCAGCUGCAGCGCGGCGUUGAGGUGGGGAGGAAGGUGGUGCAGCUACUUCGGCAGGUGGUUCCCAUGACUGUGGAGUCUCUCAAUAACUACGUGGAGUCAACUGUCGCCCAGCUGCGACAGAUGGAGGAGGCCCUCGAUAGGCUGCAGCUGCAGGUGGCGGCAGGCGAGGAGAGUGCACCUCGAAGGCCCGUGGCCGUCGCAGUGAAGCAGCUGCAGACGGUGGCACACCUGGAGGACAGCCUUCGUAUACUGAGCGCCAGUAAAGUCAGCGUCGUUGCAGAGGAAGCGGAGGCAAGCUGGCAAGCCUCUGUGCAGUUGGGGCCCUUUGACUCAAUUUGUCGCCUUCUUCUUCUUCAACUUCGGGCCGACGGCCAGUUGCAAAAGGCUGGCGCUGCUGAGCCAGCCACUCCUGCGGCCUACAUUGGACCACCAAAAGUCUCCGUCCUCCGCUUCAUUGACACAGAUUAUGACGACGAGGAUAAUCUGGAGGUGGAAAGCAUCCUACGAGAUCGCCGGCGAUGGAAAAAUGCACGCAUCCUCGCAAACCUUUACGGUGCCAACGCGGAAGAGCUAUUGCAAGCUUUGACGCCACACCUCCACAUCGAAGAGCUGGAAUACUCAAAAAUUGCCGAGCCACGUGUCUUGGAGGAGGUGCAGAAAAUCACAUCCCUGAAGAAACUUAUAGUGUCUUGCGAUCGGGGCUUGGGCGACUACCCGGACCUGCCCCUGCAUCUAGAAGAGCUUUAUAUUUCCUCCCCCUCUGAAAGUCAGCUGCGCUGUCUGCAACGCAUGCCCAGGCUGCGUACUCUAGAGGUACUCAAUUACUUUGGCCCAGCUAUAUCCUUUCCCCCUUCGCAGCAUGGCGGGCUGCUGUGGUUAGGCGUGACGUUUAUAUCCGAUUACAAGGCCACCAUGCUGUCCUUAAUCCACGCCCAUGCCUCGUCGCUGCAGGAGCUCCAAAUCUGUUGCUUCCUUAUUGAAAGUACAGACACAUUUUUCCCUAUCCUGGGCCAGAACCUGGCUGAAUGUGGCCUGCAGGCCCUUCGGCGACUCAUCCUGCAUCCUUGUUUACCGGAUGAUCACACAGAUGAUGACUGCUUGUUGCGGCGACAAACCAUUCGCAGUUUUCUGCCCACUGUGGACGUGCUAUGCACCGAUUGCCAUUCAUCUGUUCUCUAGAGUUCAAUGGAAGCCCAUAUUACAAACCUCACUAACGCAAAAGACUGUGAAAUGACCUCUAAAUCUCGUGAGCUACUAUCUUAUGGGUGAUAUGGAAUUUAUAUUUAACAGUUUCGAUCAUUAAAUACUGUUUGUACACG